AUGCGGCCCAUCGAGGCUUUGGAGCGUGGUGUUGCCACAGCCUAUCAGUUCACCGGGAUGGGCCACACCAUAUCGACACUUGGCGGCUCACCACCACCACCUCAAUGCUACCGAUCGCCAUAUGAGCUUUCCCAUCCGCACCUUGACCUCCUCGGCCGCUCAUCCACUCAUCCUCUUCAUGAACUCGAUCCCAUGACAGUCAAGGCUGAUGCUACGGCUCCGGUUUCGGCCGAGAAGCGACAACUGUGUGCUACCUAUGAUGGCGAUGCCGCUCAGAACAGGAGGAAGAAGGCCCGGUUUUCUCCUCCGCCGGCGGAGCCUGAUGAUGCAGCAUCCGCGCUGUCGCCUCUAACAGAAUGGUUGAGCAUGGCCAUGGAUGUUCCGGAUACCAGUCAGGCAAGCUCGGCCUGGGAAUACCGCAAUUCUGGCCCAUCCAUCGAUGAAGCAUCUAAUCGACCUGCCAGCUGGCAAGCCAACGAUGUGUCGAGUGGAACUAUUGACGAUUGGAGCUUCGGACAGACAGAUCCUGGCAGCUUUGGAAUACCCUUUGGACAAGUUGGACACGAAAAUGAGAUCAAGGUGGAUUUGGACAGUAAUGGAGGAGUGGACUGGGCCGGUCACGACUUUUCAUUGGCAAUGGACGCUACACCUACGAUGGUUGUUACACCAGCGAUGGACUUUUCUUUUCAGCCAAACGAGCCGAAAACCCCUGACGUACAACCGACUCUACGAUCAACUGCGACUCCUGACCCAGCACAUAUCUUCCCGGCUCAUUCUGGCAAAGCCACAACAGCAAACACUGCUGAACAAAUCCAGCACCACGGGCUAGAUGCCCAUUAUGAAACAUGCUUUGGAGUCGUAAGGAAACUUAAGGUCCACACCAGCGUAACGACGUCCUUUACUCGAAAGCAGGACACAACGCCCGUCCCCGUUCGUUUGACGCCAUCCGAAAGCCUCUUGAAGUUCUACUUUAAAGACUCGGACAAAUACGCAGGUAUCGUCACCGAACCUGCGUUGAACAAGAUACUGAUGGAAUUCGAAACAAAACUCGACGCGACGCUAAGCACGCCCGUGGCACCAAGAGCUCCGCCGACGACAGCUUCUGGGAAAAAGGAAAAUCCUGAAAAGUACCGCCCGAACUCGCAUUCCUCACUUCGUAUCAUAGUUUACGGAUCUAUGGAAGAUUCCUCGGAUAUUGGAAAGUUGUUGUCCGAUGCAGGCUUGUACCUCCAACACCCGUCAGCUAAUGAGUGCGACAUGAAUGCCGAGUACUUCAACCCGCACUAUCUUGUGCGCCCAGGCUCUUGCAUGCCGCGGCUAGAUGAGCUAGAGAUAUCUCCCAGUGACGCAGCUACAGCAUCUGCAGGCUGUCUUGACGAGACGAGCAAGAGUCGACUAAUGCGUAUCUUCGACUGCGCAGACGAUGACGGUGUCAUCCCCACAGCAGAACCCAGUCCUCGACUUCGUUCAGCUCUGAAACAAUGUCAACUGACUGCCCUUGCCAUGAUGAGCGAAAGGGAAUGUGGACAAGUCGAGAAGCCCCAGUUUCCAUCGAUCUGGGAAAGAUCCACUCUCCUCGACGGUACUUCGACCUAUCGACAUAAAAUCACAGGAAGAACGGACAGCAAUCCGCAUGUCGCACGCGGAGGCAUCCUUGCUGAUGAAAUGGGCCUUGGGAAGACAUUGAGCAUUCUUUCCCUCAUUUGCUGGUCAAUUGAUUCAAUCAACAACGACAAGGCAAAGGACAACAACGAACAGUCUUCCUCAACACUUAUUGUGACGCCCAAGUCAGUAAUUUCCGUAUGGGAGAAAGAGAUUCGAAGGCACAUAUACCCAGACCAAAUCCGAGUCGCCGUCUACCAUGGCUCUGGUCGACAGGUCGUGGGGUCGAACUUUCGAAACAACGAUAUCAUCUUGACAACUUACGAAACACUGAGGGCUGAGUUUCCUGAUAAAGGACCCCUCUUCGUUGAAAAUUGGUCUCGCGUCGUACUUGACGAAGCACAUCAUAUCGGAAAUCGAUCCACCAUGAAGUUCAGAGCAGCCUGUGGGAUUCAAGCGCGACGGCGUUGGUGUCUUACAGGAACUCCCAUUCACAACUCCCUCGACAACUAUGGCGCAUUAUUGAGCUUCGUUGGAGUUUCGCCCUUUGUCGAGAAAUCCCAGUUUGACUUGUGGAUAGCAAAUCCGAUUAAAGACAAACGACGAAAUAGCUGGAGCAAGCUUCAGUUGCUCGUACGAUGCACGAGUUUGCGACGAACGAAACAAACCACGGACCAGACGUUGAAUCUCCCAACUCGUGAGGAAAAGAUCGAGCAUAUUGACUUGCAUCAGUACGAACGCGAACUAUACGAGUUCUUCAGACAGCAGACAGCUACGAUAGCUGCUGGUUUCUGGAGGCAAGGAUUCAACAAUCAAUCACCUGCAUACCGGAGAGACAAGAACAUGCUAUCACUUAUCAACCUUCUUCGACUCGUAUGCAAUCACGAAGACCUGCUACCUUCCUCUGCGAUAAGCGCGUGGAGAGCAAAGAAAAGCGAUGCUGUCGAUUGGCGAUUGAUGGAAUCAUCCACAGAGACUUGCGUAAUCUGCCAGGCAGGCCUUGAAGAAGCCCUAGAACAAUCCUCCGAGUCUACGUUGCAAUGCGGUCACUCGCUUUGCGCAAUGUGUGCUUUGGAGAGGGAGGACAGUGAUGCAGCGGACAUGAGCGACUUGUGUCCUAGAUGUUCCGCUGGAGCAACAAUGGGAACUGACGCCAUUACCCCAUGUUCUGCAGGGGCUGAAAAUUCAUCGUCAAGCAAGAUAGAGGCCUUGCUAAGAAAUCUUCGUCUGGAACAGGCGGCAAACCGGCAGGGGAGUGAUAUUCCUCCCACGAAAAGUGUCGUUUUUAGCUACUGGACGAAGAUGCUUGACCUGACCCAGAUGGCUUUGCAUUCUAAUGGCUUCUCUUUUCAACGAAUCGACGGCCAGAUGCCUUUACGAAGUAGAAGCACCGCGAUCCACGAUUUUGCCGAGGACCCGAGCUGCACUGUGUUGCUUGCAACCAUUGGUAGUGCUGCUGAAGGCAUUGACCUGACGGCGGCAAGCUUUGUACAUGUUAUGGAGCCACACUGGAAUCCCAUGGUAGAAGCACAAGCCAUUGCUCGAGUGCACAGAAUCGGACAAACACGCCCCGUCAUGGCUACCAGAUACGUGACUCGCAAUUCCAUCGAAGAGUACGUCCGAUGGAUUCAGGAAGACAAAUUUAGGCUUAUAGCUCGGUCUCUAAACUCAGACGACGUUUGGCAGAAAGACGUGGACAACGAAAGAUGGAAGAAACUGAAUCAUUUCCUUGGAAAGCGUGAUGGUCUAAGUGAAUCAGACUAUGUCAACGCAUGGUGA